CCGCGGGUGGGGCGUGGCCCUAGCCCGGGUCGGGUGGCCUUCGCUCCGCCUUCGAAAAUGCCCUUCCUUCCGGGGCGGGCCAGAGGAAGGUGCUUCCGGGCCGUUGCCGCGACGACGGAGUUCCCGGCAUGCCUCGCGGCGGCGGGCUAAUGGCGUCGGGGGCGCGGCUGCAGUUACUGCUCGCGCUCUGGACGCUGGCGGCUCCGGCCCGGCCGGUGGCCGCGGACGCGGGCGACGGAGGGUGGCAGCGACGCGGGUCUGGGGCGGCGGCGGCGGCGGUGGCGGAGGAGGAGCGCUGUGCCGUGGAGCGUCGGGCCGACCUUAGCUACUCCGAGUUCGUGCAGCACUACGCCUUCUCCAGACCCGUCAUCCUCCAGAGGCUCACAGACAACUCGAGGUUCCGGGCCCUGUGCUCCCGAGAAAAGCUGCUGGCCUCGUUUGGGGACAGCGUGGUACGGCUGAGCACUGCCAACACCUACUCCUACCGGAAAGUGGACCUGCCCUUCCAGGAGUAUGUGGAGCACCUGUUACACCCCCAGGAUCCUACCUCCUUGGGCAACGACACUUUGUAUUUCUUUGGGGACAAUAAUUUCAGCGAAUGGGCAUCACUUUUCCAGCACUAUUCCCCACCCCCGUUCAGCCUGUUGGGUACCACAGCUGCUUACAGCUUUGGAGUUGCAGCGACUGCCGGUAACUCCACAGGAGCUGGUUCUGGGGUGCCUUUCCACUGGCAUGGGCCCGGCUUCUCAGAGGUGGUCUACGGCCGCAAGCGCUGGUUCCUGUACCCCCCCGAGAAGACGCCGGAGUUCCACCCCAAUAAGACCACACUGGCCUGGCUGCAGGACGUAUACCCAGCCCUGGCACCAUCUGAGAGACCCCUGGAGUGCACCGUCCAGGCUGGCGAGGUGCUGUAUUUCCCUGACCGAUGGUGGCACGCCACACUAAACCUGGACACCAGUGUUUUCAUCUCCACCUUCCUCAGCUAGCCAGAGCGGGCGGCUGGUAGUCGGGGAUGUCUCGCUUCUACGGCACAGACCGUCCAGUCAGGCACCAGGAAGGGGACGCCGCUCCGAUGCCUGCUCCCCAGCGCCAGAGGACCUACCCGGGCUUACCUUUCUUUUCUCAUCCACCUGGGAGAAAAGCUCAUCCAUGUCUGCUAAGUACUUGUCCUG